GGCUGCGCCAGCGGGGAGGGACAGGCAUAGCAUCUGGACAUUACGGGCUUCUACUAGCAUCCCGUUCCAGGUCCGGGGUUGGGCUCCUAAGGGCCGCGGAGCCCCAGGACCAGCGUCCAGGCCAGGUUGGGCUGCUUGCUGUUUCGCGUGUGCAGCGGCGGCAGCAGGCAGUCGCCAGGUCCGCGGCCGGAGACUUGACGGCCCGGUGCGGGGCACCGGAGACCGGUAUUAAACAGGCACGAUGUUAUUCUCGUUGCGGGAGCUGGUGCAGUGGCUGGGCUUCGCCACCUUUGAGAUAUUCGUGCACCUGCUAGCUCUGUUGGUGUUCUCCAUGUUGUUGGCACUGCGAGUGGAUGGCCUGGCUCCAGGCCUCUCCUGGUGGAACGUCUUUGUGCCCUUUUUCGCUGCCGACGGGCUCAGCACCUACUUCACCACCAUCGUUUCCGUUCGUCUCUUCCAAGAUGGGGAGAAGCGACUGGCUGUACUGCGCCUCUUCUGGGUUCUCACCGUCCUUAGCCUCAAGUUUGUUUUUGAGAUGCUGCUGUGUCAGAAGCUAGUGGAGCAGACUCGAGAGCUCUGGUUCGGCCUGAUCACUUCUCCGGUCUUCAUUCUCCUGCAGCUUCUUAUGAUCCGGGCUUGUCGCGUCAACUAGCCUCCUGCAGUGGCUGGAAAUGGAGCACUGCGCAGCUGGAGUUCUGGACCUCCCAGUCCAGACCUACUUGGUGCCACACUGGUGGAGUUUUGGUCAGAAAUCAGUGUCUGCUUGUGCCCAGUUUAGUGUCCAGUUUUCUUUGUAUCUAAGAUCGUUUCCUCGAGCAAAACUUAAAAGUGAAGCCUCGUUUAUUAAAACUUAUUUCCAGUUAUUCAUGCUGUAAUUGCCAGUCAAUACUGAACUUUUCCAACAUUUGGAGACUGCAUAUAAGUAAAAUAUCCUGAUAGGCUCUGAGUAUUUCCCAUGGUGAUGUACCCCUUUAUAAAUCAGGUUGUUCACUCAGCAUCACUGACGCCAGAGCGUACCCCUUUAUCUGUCCAGACAGACUCACUUAUACAAUUGAUAAUGUAAUUGAUAAUGCAUCCCUUUUCCUCUGUCCUGACAAAGACCAGCCUUUUGUUCAUUCCACCUCACAUAGAGAGAGCAGACUGUUGAGAAAGAGCAGGAGCAGGACCCUGUGUGGGCAUCUACCAUCUGAGAAAAAAAUUCUGGUCUCAAGAAUUGCUUGAUUUCCUGGCCCAACAGACUGCAGUUUCACGGACUUUCCCACCACCUUGUGGCAGGCAUCAUUAGUACACUUGAGACAGACAGACAGACCUAGAAAAGGAAGCCUAGACAUUCGGAACGGGUGCUCACGUGCUCAUGGAAGUGAAUACAUAUACAUACGAGCUUGGGAACAGUUGACGUUUAUUAGCUUAAGGUUUCUGAGUUUAUUCAGUCAUGUACCAAAUGAGACCAUUUCCUGAUGGGAACAAAUGUUUCCUGAAAUUAACAAUAUACACUUAGGCAUCUCACUGAAUCUCAGGUAUCAGGUGAAUGCUUGCCAUGUGGACAGGGGCUCAUAGGGUGGUGGCUAUGGUUAGAGUACUUUGGGUGUUAGAUUAUUUUUGAAAAAUCCCCAUUUCUUGUUGUAGGAGAUGGGUAACUUGCACUACUACCCACCCCGGCUAAAAACAAUGGGCUGUACUUUGUAGAGAAUGUGACACCAGAGUCCUGACUCAGUGUGUAGCCAUUGGUGACUUCUGAUGACAAUGCUGCAGAGUUGAGAUGACAAAUGAUCAUCUGAGGCCAGGUCUGAGGACAGUUUUUACAUUUUUAAAAAAUAGGGUGUAGUGCAGCAAAGACUUGCCUCAGACUUGCUUUGUAAUCAGUGAUGACCUUUAACUUCCUGUUUUAUGUGAUUCUGGAAAUCAAACCCAGGGUAUCAUACAUAUUAGACAACCAUUGCUGCUGCUGCUGCUGCAACAGGAACUCACUAUGUAACCUGGACUGGACUAGAACUCACUCUGUAGAACAGUCCUCUAACUCCUGGCCUCCAAGAGCUAGGAUUAAAGGCAUGCACCACCACAUCUAGCUUAGGCAAGCAUUCUACCAACUUAAAUACAUUAUGGUUUUUA